UCGAAGAUUGUCAAAAUAUGUAUAAUAAAUAGAGUAUGAUAAGUUAUUGUGUUUUUUGUCCGCUUUUAAUCCAAUAUCCAUGCAUCAUCCAUUCAUCCCUUUCUUUAUAUUCUUCUCUUAUUAUCGGUGUAUCACCCACCAUCAUUUUUCUUGUCCUUAAAUUUAUGUGUUUUUUCUUUAAAACCUUUUCAUCAAUUUUCUUUCACUCCCUUAAAGACAAGAAUCCAUUAAAAUACAUCACUAAAGAAAAAGCUUCGUGGCUAUGUUAUGAAUUUUCUAUUAAUUAAACCCACGUUACUUUUGCUUCUUUUAAAGUAGAAAACAGCGAUUGUUCUUCCACUUUUCACUUCUGUCUUCCAUUUUUUAAAAUGUAAGCUUCACAAUUCGCACAAAGAAUUUAUUUCUUCCUUGUUGUUGUUGUGGGGGGACCUCGAGUUGACUCAGUAAUGGGAUGUUUCAUGUUUGGCGACUCAGGAAUUAGUGGAGGUAUAAAUAGCAUCAGAAUUAAAUAAUUUGUCUGCUGUUGUUGUUGGGUUUUGGUAGCUUUUUGAUUUUGAAAUGUGGGCUGUUUUACCUGCUUGAAUAGUAGCUGGGGUUUUACAGCUACUGAAUGUUUGAAGCUUUGAUUGAUUUUUAUGAUUUUCAUGGCUCCUGCUGGAAAAAUUGCUGAAUUUAGACUUGAAGGCACUGAUUGGUUUUGCAAUGCAGGUUUGCCAUGCGAUAUAACUGUUGUUGUGGAAGGAGUGAAUUUUCAUCUACACAAGUUUCCUCUUGUGUCGAGAUGUGGGAAAUUGGAUAGAGAACUUGAAGCUUCUCAAGAUAUACGAAAGCAGUCUUCCACCAUGUUUCUAAAAAGCUUCCCUGGGGGCCCAGACACUUUUCUCAUAGCUGCCAAAUUUUGCUAUGGGCUUCGUAUCGAUUUGACUCCUAGGAACAUAAUCAUUAUAUAUUGUGCUGCCUACUAUCUAGAGAUGACAGAUCAAUAUGGAGACGAUAACUUGUUAUCUAGGUGUGAUGGCUUUCUUCACAAAAACAUACUUCGUAGCUGGAAAGACUGUAUUGUAGCCCUUCAGAAUUCUAAACACAUCAUAUCAUUCGCAGAAAAACUUCAGAUUAUUGACAAAUGCUUGAAUGCGGUGUCCACUAUGGUUUGUACAGAUCCUAGUUUGUUUGGAUGGCCCAUGAUGAUGUAUGGUAAAUUACAAAGUCCCGGUGGAAGCAUACUAUGGAAUGGAAUAAACACUGGCGCAAGAAUUAGAAGUGCUGAAUCUGAUUGGUGGUAUGAAGACGUUUCAUAUCUUUGCAUUGAUCUAUUUGUAAAGCUUGUAAAAACAAUGCAAGCAAGAGGCAUAAGACCUAAAAGUAUAGCGGGUGCUAUAAUGCACUACACUAAGAAAUUUCUACCGGGCCUUGAAAGAUGGCAGGAUGGACACAGUGGCAAAACUCGAACUGUUGCUAGUUUUAGCUUGACUCCUGUUACCGUUGAUCAAAACGCCCUGUUGGAAUCUAUUGCUAAGUUACUUCCCGAAAAGAGGGGUAGAUCAUACUGUCGCUUCCUACUAGGAAUUCUUCGUACUGCUUUAAUUUUGGACGUUAGUGAAGCAUGCAAGGACUCUUUGGAGAAAAGAGUCGGAAUACAACUCGAAUUGGCAAGUCUUGAUGGCCUUUUGAUUCCUACUUACAAAGAUUGUGAUACUUUGUAUGACACGGAUUGUGUUCUGAGGAUUAUCCAGCAUUUUGUGUCGUCAGAACGAAGCGUACCAGCAUUUUCUCCUUCUUCUGAUAUAGAAGCUUCACCAUCAUCUGAACCAUUAAGAAAGGUGGCAAAAUUGGUGGAUGACUAUAUUGCGGAGGUUGCUUCGGAUGUGAACUUGAAAGCAGACAAAUUCCGCGCCCUUGCUGAGGCUCUUCCAGAAGAUUCCAGAUUUUUCCAUGAUGGUCUAUAUAGAGCUCUUGAUGUAUAUUUCAAGGCGCUUUAUUGGCUUUCAGACACCGAGAAAGAACAGCUGUGCAACAUAAUUGACUACCAAAAGCUCUCCAUUGAUGCAUGUGCUCAUGCAUCCCAAAAUGAAAGACUGCCCCUCAGGGUUGUUCUUCAAGUCCUGUUUUUUGAGCAGUUGCAUCUGAGAACUGCUCUUGCUGGAUGCCUUCAUGUUGUGGAACAACCUGGUGAUCGCCCAACUGAUCCUAAUGCGACACAGAACGCAUUUGUGGGUCGAAUUGUUCAGAGAGAUGGAUGGGUGUCGGUUGUGCGUGAAAAUCGUGGACUUAAAGGAGAUAUGGAGAGAAUGAAAUCCAGGGUUCAGGAAUUGGAAGAAGAAUUCAGUAAAAUAAAGCAGGAGAUGAGAAAAGUAAGCAAAUCAUCUAGUUCCUUGAGCUCGCCUCGCUUGGUUUCUUGGAGAAUUGGGUGCAACUUGCUUCCUCGAUCCUCAAAUGCUUGCAAAGAUGUGGUAAAAGUUGUCCAAUCCUCUUCAAUAUCAAGGGUAUUAGUUGAUCGACCUCAGUCUUCCCGAGAAUUGAGGCAUCGCAAGAAUCUCUCGUUGUUCCAAUGAAAAGGAAGAUUGGUGAUACAUAAAGUGAAAUGGAGGAUUUUUUUGUCUUCUAGAAUCAGUUUUCUUGGAGUGGACAACCAUUGAAACUGAUGUAUUGGUUCAUAUAGCCGAUCAAAAUCUUUUGGAAUUAAGGCUUUAACAUUGUUGUUGUUGUAGGUUUAGUUUUUGGGAGGGUUUGGUUAUUAGAUCAGACCGAGUCACAACUAUUGGGUCUGAGUUGCAUAACAAGAACGCCACAUGAAGCGAUAGGUCUAGAAGAAAGCGCUUUGUUCUUUUCCUUUCUUGGGUUGUGAUUGGCUUCUGGACAUGAAUUUGCGCGGAAUUAUUGGCAUUGAUUAAUGAUAAGCCUUCGAUUCCACGUAAUUCCAUUUCCAGCAUUCAGCAGUAGUUCAAGACACCUUUAGCUAUGAAUUUUUUUCUUGCAGGGAGGUUUACGAACGAGUUCAUGAUAGGAGCAAUGUAACUAAAUCAUAUUUUCUUAAGUUUGGAUCAAACUCGGAGAAUCCCCUUACAAACAAGAGGGAAGGGAGAGUUUGUUUUUAUGUAUAGGUGGUGAUAAUCGAACUCUUAUCAUAAAGAUGAAAGACUGGGCCAAUAUCUUAUUAAGGGAUAUACAUAUUUUUUGACUGUGAAUAUAUAUUUGGAUGUACAGUAAAGCUUUAUCGGUUUAUCCAUGUAACUCUUUUUGAUAAUUGAUGUUAGGCAUUUCUUCCGCCCCUAGCGAGUAGGGGAUUUU